AGCAAGGCCGCCACUUAUAUCAACGUAGCUGUAGUCAUGCUUAUGAUCAGCCAUUAUUUGCAAAGAACCUUCAUCUAUGGUAUUCUGAUCCGAGGGAAUUCCAAAAUACCUCUGCAUGUACUCAGUUUCUCGUUGACAUUUUGUACACUCAAUGGUUACAUGGUUGGGCGAUACCACACCGAGUAUGCUGUGUACGAUGCAAGCUGGCUAACAGAUCCAAGAUUUAUAAUAGGUGUUUCGAUGUUUUUUAUUGGGAUGUUCAUCAACAUCCAUUCUGAUCACAUCUUAAGAAACCUGAGGAAACCCGGAGAAACCGGCUACAAAAUACCCCGAGGUGGGAUGUUUGAGUACGUGUCUGGGGCUAACUACUUUGGUGAGGUAGUCGAGUGGACGGGAUUCUCAGUAGCUUGCUGGACCCCUCAUAGUCUGUGUUUUGCAAUAUUCACUGCUAGCUAUAUUGGAUUUAUCAAGGCUUUCUCCCACCACCGGUGGUACCUCGAAAAGUUUGAAGAUUAUCCUAAGAGCAGGAAGGCGAUUAUACCAUUCAUCAUAUAAAACAAUGUCAAGUUUUAAAGCAAAAGCCUGAAUUCUGUCAAAAUCAGUGAAGGCCUACCCAUCGAAUAUCAGCAGUAAAAGUGGAGCAGCCCCCAUCCUGUUUUAAAAAAUGUAUUUGCGGACACUUUCACUAACUGUCUUAAUCUCAUGAACGAUUUUGAGUUGUUUUCUUUUUUAUUUAUUACAUUUCGCUCAAUUACUUUGUUUAACUAAAAUAAACUCAUAACUGGAUCAUAACAUGAUUUCAUUACGCAAUUUUAUCAGGAAAAUCUGGAAUAAUAGUAUCAUUGCAUAACUGAAGCUAUACUGGAAUACAAAUGAUCUUCAAAAUAACUAAAACUGAUUCUGAAAAUUGAGACAAUAAAAAAUUAACAAACUGUAACAAAAACAGUUUGAAUAUUUGAUGAAAAUGCAAACAGAUCAAUUUACAGCACAGCUAUAAUAAUCAUAUAACUAAUUGUUUGUGUACCCUUACACCAAUGUGUGUUAAGCACUAUAGACUUAUGUUCUGUGAAACAAUCCACAGGCAAAUCACUCGGAAGGGAUUCAAACCCAUGACCUUAAUCCGGUAAGCAAUUAUAAGAUCAAUUAAGCAAUACUUUAACUCACAAACAUAGAGCAUUUGUGUUACAUAUUUAUAUAAAAUACUUAAUUGAACAUUCUUUUCAUAAAGCUAAAACAAUUCAUGAUAAAUUUACAUAUAGCUUCUAGGAUAGCAUUGGUAUAUUAUUUUACUUUUUUUACAAAAAAAUUACACCUUCCACUUCCAACAUUCUUAUCUAUAUACUCAGGAAAGCUUCUUAUAGUCCUACAUUUUGGUAAUUUAACAAAUCUGGUAGAUUAAUGUACUUAAUAACUUAUUUACAGUAGCCUAUAUGUAUUAUAUACACCAUUACCAUCAAGGCAUUGUACAUUAUUGGUAAAUCAAAAUAUUUGUAAGCCUCAAAACUGACUUGGUAUCGAGUAAUGGGGAGCUGUUGACAGUAUAAAACAUU